GGAAUUACACACGUUUUAGAUUAAGAAGUGUUAACUUUCAUGUGUUUUGGUUUGUUAGCAGCAAUAAGAUCCUAUUUAAGAAAAAAUAAUUCUAUCCUGUCUCUGUUACAGUCCAGAGCAGCUGGGUGAAGGUCUGAUGUCUUUGGUUAUUGUUGACACACGCUGAGGUCAGCACUUUGAUCUGAUAGAGUUUAACUGUGGGAACCAGAGGAACUGUUGACUCUCACCUGCAUGAUGGUGAUAUCAGAUCAACACCAACCGCUCCUCACUUCUCUGUAGCUGUCACCCAGUCCUGUCCUCUGUCAGGAGCAGGACAAGGACUUGUCUUCUUCUGGAGACAUGUGGCUUUGGUAUUUCUGAGGAAAUUCCAGCUCAACACGACAGCAGCAGGGACUAAACUUUACUUUAAGAACAGGCUGAGAGUGAAGGUGCGGUAUGAAGAUCCGUGUGGUUCAGAUCUGGGGUUUCCUGAUGACGGUGUUGGGCUGGAUCUUCGUGGCUUGCACUAUGGCCAUGGAAGGCUGGAAGAUUGCCGCGGUUGGAGGAAUGGCCGGCUCCUCCCUACUGAAGGUGGCCUGGUACUGGUCCAGCCUCUGGAGGUCAUGUUUUACCGACUCCACAGCUGUGAGCAACUGUUACGACUUCCCUGUGCUCUGGUCAGUGGAGGGCCACGUCCAGAUCGUUCGAGGCCUCCUGAUGGCAGCUCUCACCACAGGCAUGUUGGGCUUCGUGCUCAGCCUCAUUGGUAUGGAAUGCACCUUUCUUGGGGGGAAAGAUCUCUCAAAGCACAAGAAGAUCUACGCUGGGGGUUUGUGCCACAUUAUCAGCGGUUUCUUGUCCUCCUGUGGUUAUGUGGUCUAUGCCCAGUUUGUCUCAGUAGAUUACUUUAACCCAGACUUUGAUGGACUAAAGUUUGACCUCGGCACCCCUCUUUUCCUCGGCUGGGUGGGCUCGGCCUUUCACAUGGCUGGAGGGUUUUUCUAUCUGUGGUCAGUGUGCACACCCCUCUGUGGAAGAGAACAUAGGGUGAUUACCAUCAGACCAGAACCAGAUCCAGAGCAGAACAACUCAACAGCUGCUGUACCCACAGUGUCAGAAAUCACCUCCAAGACCAAAGUGUCCUCUGUGACUGAACUCUCCUCUGGAUCUGCGCCCUCAGACAUCUCUGCCAUUUCCUCCCGGUCAGAACGCACAUCAAAAUCUGGACGCGCAGCCAGGUCAGGACAGUCAACAAGGACUGGGAGAACAAGUCGGUCUGCAGGCUCAGAGUCAAGGUCAGGGGCAGGCUCAGAAGCAGACUUUUCUAUGAGGUCCAGUCUCCCAACUUUGUCUGAGUCCAGGAGCAGCAGCAGUGGCAGCAGCAGCAGAAGCAGCAGCAGCAGAAGCAGCAGCAAAGUGUCGUCUUUAUCAGGACGUUCAAGAACCACAGUUGCAGCAUUUAUGAAAAACUCUUACAUCUGAAGUGAUGUAGUAGUAGCGCAGGUGUGGA